UGGUGUCCCAGCAAGAGGGAAGAGGAUGCAGGGAGCCGAAAGCGGGUUAGACAUAGCUCAGGGGCUCACGGGGCCAGGCCCCGAGUGGGGUCUGGCUACUGGACCCCCUCCAGUGGGAGAAGGCCCGGCUGGGAUGCCGGCAGGGCGCAGGAGGGCUCCUCCCAGCAAACACAAGGGCCCAGGGGCUGGGGGGAUCCAGCGAUCCCCCAGGGCCCUCUUCUGCCUGAGCCUCACCAACCCAGUGAGGAGAUUCUGCAUCACCAUCGUGGAAUGGAAGUAUCCUGCCUGGCACUGCCCCCCACCCCCUCCCCUUGCCCUACCCAUGGAGCUGCCUUCCCUUCCUCUUGGCCUGAAGAAAUGGGCAGGGGGCAGUGCAAAAAGAAAGCCAAGUAUCUAGGUAACUCCACCCUUCUGCACCUGGAGGCCUGGGCUGGGGAGCAGAGAGAUGGGAAGCCAAACCCACCCCCUGCCAGCUUCCUUGACCUCACCUGCUUCAGGCCAUUCGACAUCCUCAUCCUUAUGACCAUCUUUGCCAACUGUGUGGCCCUUGGGGUCUACGUCCCCUUCCCAGAGGAUGACUCCAAUGCAGGCAACCACAACUUGGUAAGAGCUCUUUAAGGACCCCGUAGAGCCAUUCACCCUCCAAAUAUUCAGACUGCUCUCGAGGGCCUUCACACAGAAACUGGCUCUGCCCACCUCCCCAGGCCACCCUGGACCCCAGAGCCCAAGGGACAGCCAGAGAUCCAGUAUCUAACCUGAUCUAGCUCUUCAGUGUGUCUGGGGGAGGUCUCCCAUGUGGCAGGAGUCCCAUAGACACCCACUAUAGAACUCUCCAUUUACCACCCUCAGACCUUCCCACUAUCACUACUACUGACCCUCCUUGGGCUCUCAUGGACCCCCAGUUUGGGCCCUUACGGAGAUCCCUCAGGCUCCCUUUGGACCUUUGUUAGACUGUCCUAGACCCCAAUGUGGCCAUUCUAGAUGUGUCUCAGUCCAUGGACUGAACAGAACUGAGCAUGGGCUCUCUGGGAUGCCCUCUGGGCAUUCUUGGGCCCACAAGCUUCCCCUUGACCUUCGGCACCCCCUAGACCACCUCAGAGC